AUGUCCGUCCUGCGCGGAGGAAGCGGGUUCCUCCAGCGCCGCCUCACGAAGUUGUAUACAGACACGAAGACUUCUUGCGAAAGCGUUACCACAGCAUCCAAGGCCCUCGAUGACCCUGAACUCGUCGCCCUGCACCAGAGCUUCCAGAAGCAGCGGGAUCGUUUGCUGGCGUGGGGUCUAGAUUGGAGUGACGCCAGCGCCGCCCAGCCCAAUGAUAUCGAUGAGUCCUUGACCGCGGCUGGUUUCAGCGAUGUCGUCGAGAGUGUCAUGUCCUCGAUUCAGGACCUGCUCAACAAGGCAGAGCAGGUCCAGCAUAUCGACGCGCCGAUUCUACCCUCCAAAGAACGUAAAGUGGACUUGCCUUCGAAGGACACCCUCGGCAGCCUCCCACUCAAGACACAGUGGACCGACGAUGAUAUCAGUCGCUCCAAGACUAUUUUGAGUGACUUGACGGCGUCUAUCGACACUCUUUAUGACCUUUCUCGUUCACGGCGGGAGGCCAGCAUGUUGAGCAAGUAUAAUGCCGCCGCCCAGCGACGACCGAACCCUACUUCUCCAUAUGAUUAUUCCCAUAGCCCCUUCUCAGACUCGAAGGGAAAAGUUCAAAGCUCCAAGCAAAUGAUCGACCCUUUCAACUAUUCUCCGUCCAACCCACGCGACGUCAGCAAGACUCUCGCGUCGUCGCACCCUUUCGUCAUCGAUCGGUCGGCUUUGCAACUAUACGGAGCGGCCCACGACAACAGUCCUCCGCCCUAUGAACCAAUCGCAGCAUCUUCCAACUCUCGAGCCAUUGGCCGAUUGAAGGCCUCGGCUGUUCCGUCUCUCCUAGGCUCAUUCAAAGAGUCGCAUGUUUCCGUCCUUGUCGAAUUCAUGCCAAUGAUGGCUGAAGCACCAAUGAACUCAAAGAAUGUGCGACUCGAGAAACUCCAGAAAUCACUUGAUCAGUUGUUACAGAAUGCCAGGAUCGCCCACUUGGGUCUCCUGCGCUUCCUUGGUUACACUCUUGAUGAGCCCAAUGCCCGUUAUGCCUUCCUCUACCAGAUGCCUGUCGAUUACUUUCCCUUUCUUCAAAAUCCCAGUGACCUGCUCAAGGAGCUCAAGCCUAUGCCACUGGUUGCCAUGCUUCCAUCAGCGGAAGACUACCGCGAGAAGCGGAUGCCGAACUUGGAGACUCGCUUCCGGGUAGCCUAUGAUCUGUUGAUGUCUGCUCUUCAUCUAAGAAGCCAGAAUGCCGUUCAUGGUAACAUAAACAGCAGCAAUGUCAUCUUCUUUCCUGGUCGCACCGAUGCGAACGACGACGAGAGUGGCCUUUCGCCUGAUCUUCGGCGUGCUUAUUUAACCUCCCCAGCCCGCUUCUCUGGAGACGGUCCUACGCCGGAACCAUUAUCAACCGCAAUGUACCGCCACCCCGAAGACAAGAGAAGUGUCGACGACGACUCGGCAUGGGCGUAUGAUCUCUACUCUCUCGGACUCGUCUUGCUUGAGAUCGGCCUGUGGGCACCGAUUGGACGGCUGUGGAAGAUGAAGUAUGAUCGUUCUUGGUUCAAGCAUCGAGUGGAAGAUCUCUACAUCAAGAAGCUUGGCGCCAAGUGUGGUACUGCUUAUCUUCAAGCCGUACAGCUGUGUCUCGAUGCACCUAACUUCCACCUUUCCACACAACCUAUGACCGACCUCUCUCUCCGCGUCCCUCAGAUUUAUCAUUACCCCGUUCUUGAUUUGUCAGACCCUGAUGGCACAUUCUCGUUUUCGAUGAAUUUCAUGUAUACCAUCUGCAAACUCUUGUGGUCAUGCUGUCGCAUCGACAUCUUCAACGCUCCCUCGGCAGAAGAAUUGGACGACUGCUUGCCGCUCGCCCUGGUUCCGACUCCCGACCCCACACCUGUGGAGGAGAAGCCCGACCCGUACAUUGCUGCUUGUCAGCAGGUCAAUUUGGAUAAGAAGCUCCCCACACUCCCAGGUCAAUGGGGUGCGGUCACAGAAGAGAGGGUUCUGGACAAGCCGGCCAAGAAACGCACCGUGAAGCGCCUUCCUAAUAUCGAGAUCCCCGAUGAACACUUGCAGGAAUGGAAUUUCCAGAUGAUGCCACAACUGAGUCGGCUCCUUCAGAAGAUUCUCAAAGAAUCUUCGGAGUCUUGUGGAGCCUCUCUUAUAAUGACCGGAGAGUCACCCGAAACGGCACGUACAACCAUCUGUGUGACCUGUGCCAGCGUCAAGAAAGUUCGAUCUGCCUUGAAGAAGCACUUUGUUUUGGGCCGGGAUGAUUGGGACCUUAUCGUCAUCCGCGGCGAUAUUGAACGGUCCAAAGUCCCCCGCAACAAGCGCCGCAAGCCUGCCAAGACACGUCCAAAUGGAUCAAACCAGACUCCUUUUCGUCAGCGAGAGUUGAACCCAUGUUAUCAGCAACGGCCUCUUUGCGGUGCAUCAAUCGGCGCGUUUCAAAAUGAGGAGCAUUUACCUCCCGUUUCCUAUGGUGGUGCUGUCCUCGUGGAUGGCUUUCCAUACGGCUUGACAGUUCACCAUAUGCUGGAGGCACCCAGUGACGAUGAAGAUCCUGGGGAUGAAGACCAGGACGUUCCAUCCCGAUCCGCAGGCAAUUGGCCCCGAGAUACUCCGAACGCCCCUACCCAAGACUUCUUAUACGUCCAUGGCGAGGAGGAUCAUUCUGAAGCCAAUCUCGACUUGGAGGUCUCGGACCCCGAAGAUGGUGAUGACACGUCAAUAUCGCAAGGCGGUGAUGGCGAUGACGAAUAUUGGCUUUCAGAUGAAGAAUCUUCUGAUGACGACUCCAUUGACGGUGAUGAUAACGACGACGACGAUGCUGCCUCCAUCGGCGAUACUGCCGGUAUUGAACCUGGCGAAGAGCCACGACUACUUGUCACCCAACCAGCCAUUGAUGAUGUUCACGAAGAUUUUUUUCCGUCACCGGAGGACCGUGAUGACGAGCAUCUCGCAUCACACUCGCUAGGCUACGUUCAUGCCUCAUCUGGCAUGCGACGGUGGACACGGAAAGGAAUCAAACACGAGAUUGAUUGGGCUCUCAUCAAAGUUGACGAAGCCCGCAUGGAUCCUCGCAACAUCAUUAUUGAAACCUGCUCGGCCCUGCCUGUCCGCCCUGGCCUGGGACGAGCAGCUCCACCUCAACCCAUCUUCCUCAACCAAGUGGCUCGAAUGGAGGAGUUGGGUGGACUAAAUGUCCACUGUUGCGGCCGCACAAGCGGGCUGCAAACCGGCCAGAUAUCCAAAGCAAUGACAAUUGUCAAAUUGCAUGGCCGACACUCAUUUUCCACGAGUUUUUGUGUCAACGGGAACUUCGGAGCCCCCGGCGACUCUGGCGCAUGGGUAUUCGACAGAUCCACCGGUCGCGUCUGUGGCCACGUCCUGGCCUGGUCCGAGAAGAGCAACACCACCUACAUCUCCCCGAUGGAAGUCACCCUCGACGACAUCGCCCGCACUCUCAACGCCUCCCUCGUCUCCCUCCCCGGUGACCCAUCCCGCUCCAUGGGCUACGCCGGCCCUGCCUCCCAACCCCCGGGCCAUUACCGCUACCAUACCCAGCAACUACCGGGCGACUUUAACCGUCUGAACGUGGGAUCGCCUGUGCCUCCUGGUGCGCAUCAUCCCCAGUUUGGUCGUCAUCCCCACCACCCCGGGUUUACCCACCCUUCUCCGCAUCCUUCUUCGCCCCCUCCUCGCCCCGGUUCAAGGGAAGCUUCCGUCUACCGGGGCCCUGUGCCUCCCAUCCCGCCGCCUCUCUUGACCGGCCCAAGAAAUAUUGAGCGCCAGCUCGCCUGA